GUGAUUUUCGGAGCUCGCGGGCUGUGCUAACGGUAAAGGACAAUUUUGUGAUUUGGGACUUUCACGUUGCACAAUUAAUGUAUUGCUUUGUGCGCGACGGUGUUGUUGUAGUGCGAAAGCAACAAAUAUUCAAAAGAACAUACAGUACUCAAUUAAAUGUAACAUUUAUUAUAAGACCAAAACUAAUAUAAACAAAGCUCUAUAGAAAACGACAGGCAAAGACUCUAUUAUAUAAAUCAUAAUAAGAAACUACGACGCAGAAACAGGAGCAAUAAGCCUAAAAUACUCUUAAGCCGUCAAAUGCAUAAUUUUGGAAAAGCAUGUUCUAUCGUUUUGGUGCUCUUCAGUGUCGAAAAGUGCACGAAAAGUUAAAACGAUAGUUUUUGUGCAACGAGUGGCAAGUGCGGCAAUUUAAAUUUUAAUUUAGUUUGAGUGUAUAACAAUCAGCUGGAAGAGGUGAUAAUUGUGGAGUAUAGAGUGGAAAUUUCCGAUAAACUUAAAAAUGGAUCUUGGAUUUUUAUUAGAUGAGCGAGUCAAGCCAUUUAAUUUCUGAUUGCCAAGAAAACAUGAUUCUAAGAAGAUGCAGACAAAAAUGUCGAUGAACAUGAACUGGACGUCUUCAAAAAUAUGGGCACCUUUGUUUUUGACCACCCUAUGCCUAUUGGAUAUACAGGCCGCCUGGGCAAAAAAGCUUAAUGCAAGUCAAGCUUUUGACGACACGUGGAACACAGCAGCCGAUUUAGAAAAUGAACUGGAACAACAAAAGCGAUCGAAGGGCCAAAGUGCAGGGGGAGGAGGUGGCGCGGGCGGUGGACCUGCCCAGUGGUCGUCCUGGUCAGAUUGGUCAACCUGUUCGCGCACCUGCGACGGAGGCAUCAUGCAUCAAAUGCGUAGGUGCGGCAGCCCUGGCAUUUGUCGCGGGGACAGCACCCGCUACCGCAUUUGCAACAUGCAGCCGUGUCCGGAGCAGCAGGACUUCCGCUCCAGCCAAUGCUCCGCCUACAACGAUGUUCCAUACGAUGGCACCCUGUACAAGUGGACUCCGCAUUAUGAUUACGUCGAGCCCUGCGCGCUUACAUGCAGAGGACAUCCUGCACAUCUUGUCGAAGACAUUUCGCGGGAGACUGGAGACGGCAAUGCAGAGGCGGCGGAGCACUACGAUGAGCAGAGCGUCAUUGUGCAAUUGUCGUCGAGGGUGCAAGAUGGGACCCGUUGUCGUUCCGGCAGCCUGGAUAUGUGUAUCCAAGGAAAAUGUCAGCGUGUUGGCUGCGAUUUAAAAAUCGGAUCUACAAAAAAAAUCGACGGUUGUGGAGUGUGCGGCGGAGAUGGAAAUUCCUGCUCUCAACCGCUUUUUAAUUGGGAGAUGGCACCGAUGUCGCAGUGCUCUGUCACCUGUGGAAGCGGCUACAAAAUGUCCCGUCCAAUAUGCAGGAAUCGUCUAACCAACGCCGAUGUCGAUGAUACGCUCUGCAGCCUUACUAAUCGUCCGGAGGCGUCUGUGGAACAAUGUAAUAAACACAGUUGUCCUCCCCGGUGGAUAGCAGACGAUUGGAGCACUUGCAGCCGCCUUUGUGGUCACGGCUACCGUGAGCGGAUGGUUGUCUGUGCCGAGGAGUCGAACGCCAUCAAGACGAGGGUGGCCGAUAUCAUGUGCCGCACACCCAAGCCACUAACACAAGAGACCUGCAUUAUCGAAGAGUGCCCGCACUGGGAGGUCGAAGACUGGACCGGUUGCUCGGUUUCCUGCGGACAGGGUAUACAAAUGCGAGGCGUCGAGUGCAAAUCUACAGACGGCAGCCUGAGCGCCAAGUGUGAUCCACUUACAAAGCCGGGUAGCAUGCAGCAGUGCUCCACCGGAAUUCAUUGCGACGGAUCGGUGAACAAAGUUGGUGGCACCAUCAUCUUGGGCAGCAGCCGGUCGCUUAACGAACGAUCAGAGCGACAGUUGGACAGCUCGGAUGCAGAUGAAGACAACGAGGACGAGGAUGAUGAGGGCGAUGAUGUGGACGACCUGGAAUCGGGACAGGAUACGGAUGAUGGCGAAGGCUUGUCCUAUGCUGAUCAACCUUUGCGUUACGCUCAUCGCACACAGAGUCGACUGAAUCAGGAAGCCCCAGAUGAGCCGCGCACCAUGCAUCUAACGAACGGAAAUUCAAACAAUAAUUUCAAUCGGGGAGGGGACGAGUCAGAGGGACCAUCACUAGAUCCCACCUACAUCAAGGACAAUGAGUGGUCCCCAUGUAGCGUUACAUGUGGGGAAGGAAUCCGCCGGCGCACCUACAACUGCAAGAUUUUUCUUGAAUACUCUAGAACGGUGGCCACUGUUAAUGAUUCGUUGUGCGAGGGAAAAAGGCCACAUGACGAAGUAGAGCGGUGUGUGGAGGAUCCGUGCAUGCUACCCUCCCACGGCUUCGACGACCAGUUCCCCCGUGAUUCCAUUAAAGUGGGUGUGUCGGAACCGGGUAAGACGUACGUCUGGCGGGAACAGGGAUACACCUCAUGCAGUGCCUCCUGUCUCGGCGGUGUCGAGGAACUGAUCAUCAACUGCGUUAGAGAAGAUAAUGGUAGGGUGGUGUCGCCCUUCCUUUGUUCCCCGGAAACCAAGCCGGAGGCCAGAGUUCGUACCUGCAACGACCGUCCCUGUCCACCCAGAUGGAAUUACUCAGACUACACACCCUGCUCCAAGAGCUGUGGAAUUGGCAUCAAGACCCGCGAGGUGCAGUGCAUACACGAGGUUACGCGCGGAGGGGACAACACAAUGGUAGUGCCGAACAGUAUGUGCCCACAGCCACCACCAGCAGAUCGGCAGUACUGCAACGUUCUCGAUUGCCCCGUACGUUGGGAAGUCGGUGAGUGGAGCAAGUGCUCUCAUACUUGUGGCUAUGGGUUUAAGGAUCGCAAGGUGGAGUGCAAGCAGAUAAUGGCACAAGAGCACAAGAUCGAACGACCCGAAUCAAUGUGCCCGAGUGCUAAGCCGGCAGACAAAAAGCCCUGCAAUGUUAAGCCCUGCCCGCCGGAAGAUCCCAAACCAGUCAUCCAGAUCAACAACUCAACACACAUCCAGCACGACCCCAAGAAGACGAAGAUCACUCUUAAAGUGGGUGGUGCUGGAGUUGUUUUCUUCGGCACCCAGGUAAAGAUCAAGUGUCCCGUGAAGCGGUACAACCGCACCAAGAUCAAGUGGAGCAAGGAUCACAAGCCGCUGCAGCGUUCGCGAAAGUACAAAGUCUCGAAGAAGGGUGCCCUGCGUAUACUUGAUAUUACGUUCCGCGAUGCAGGGGUGUACUCCUGCCACGCCGGUCUCAGCUCCGCAGAAAUAAGCAUCGAAGUUAAGGCCAAGCCAGGACAACAGAUUGAGGAGCUGGAACAACAGGAAACUGAACGAUUGGUGCGUGAGAAAAGUGGAACAGAGGCUCUCACCUCUGCAGAUAUGAAGUCCGCUGAUGGAACUGGGACUUCCGCUUCGGUCGGAACUAAUAGCCACGUUAACGGCUCGACGCAACAGCAUGGUUCGCGUCGCAGGCAGCAGCAGUCGGAGCGAUUGCAGAACGGGAGGGAACGGAGCCGGAGACCCAAGUCGGAUGGAGUUCAACAUGCGGAUAGCAGCAUUAUGGAGGACGAUCUUUCACAAUUAGUGCAAUCCGAAGACAGAAUACCACAGCCGGCGAGCGCCAGUAGCGGCGGUAGUCGCACCAAGACUCUGCUGGCUAUGCCAUAUUUCCAGGCUCUGCUUAGCAAUCUCCAGUUGCUAUGGCCGCUGCAGCGCUUCAAAGACUCUCGUGGUCAGCACUUGCUUCAAGGAGAGGCGCUCAAGUUCGGCAUUGAUUUAAACGGCAAAGACUUUGAUCGGGACGAGUCGGAGCGUGUUCCGGCAAAGCAGCUUCCACCAGAAGUAUCGCAUUCGCCCUCGGACCCAGAGUACAAUGCGCAGUCGAAGUUCGGUGCGGAAGCGGAGGACAUUCCGCCACACAUGCCACACGCUCGAUGGGAAACGGGAGCUUCAGCUUCGACUACGGCGGUGCCAAGCCUUCCGAGCGGCGGUUUCGUCUACAGAUGGAUGUUGGGCGAAUGGUCCCAGUGUUCGCAAGUGUGUGGUGCUGCCGGCAGUGGUUUGCAGCGGCGCACGGUGAGCUGCCAGAGAGCUGCAAAAGCCACGAGCUACGACAGUACUAGCGACACGGAGAACAUUGUCGUCGGUAAUUCAGAAUGCUCCGCGCACGGCCUGGAGCUGCCCGAUUUUUUUCAGAGCUGCGGCAACGAGGCAUGCCCGCAGUGGAGCAAGGGCGACUGGACUCCCUGCCAGCGAUCCCACUGCCACGGAACGAAUACUGCCAUGCAGCGCCGCGAAGUGACGUGCCGCUACCCCAACGGUACGGAGGGAAGCGUCUGCGACGAGUACGAGAAACCUGCGAUGCGGCAGGAAUGCUACAAUGAGCGGUGCAAGGGAGUGUGGCGCGUGGAGCCUUGGUCCGAGUGCAAUGCUCCGUGCGGCCGUCAGGGCAUCAAGUACCGCAUCCUGCAGUGCGUCUGGUACGGAAGUCGCCGCCCAGCAGGAAAUGUGUGCAAGCACCAGGCACGCCCGCCGGUUAUGAAGGUGUGCAAAAGUCCGGCAUGCCAGGCGCAGUUGUCGUCCUCGUCCUCUCAGUUAUGUCGGGAUUCCUCACGCUAUUGCCGUAAUGCCAGCGCCAUGGGCUUGUGUCGACUUCAUCGCUACAAGCAGAAAUGCUGCGGGUCCUGCCAGCAGCACCAUAAUCAACCUCUUAUUCUCUAACUCUGCUGCUACCUACCAAUAUAGCAAGGGUAUUUUAAGAACUCAGCAAGCAAUUACCCUAGGUACCGUAAUUAGCGUCUAUAGCGUAUAUAACUUAUCCAUGUGUAUGCCACGUCCGCACUUGCAUGAAUAUAGCUUAAUAUAGUGUGAAUGUUCUUAUGCACGAACGUAUUAUUUAUAAAACAUUCAAUGCAAAAAACCCGAUUUAACACAUGAAUCUGAAAUAAGCUUAAAGAAGCUUAAGCUUGAAUAAGAUCUGCUGUGACCUGUUUUUAAAGGGUCAUCGAUUACACAUUAUGCACUGCAAGUUUUAGCAGCAUGUGACAAGUUCAAUUUAAACCUCCCAAUUCGUAAGUGUAUGUAUGUCAAGCAAUCAUAAACAAUUGAAUCGCGAAAAAUAUUCGGAACAAGAAUAAUUACUAGUUUAGGGUAACUAAGCUAUUAUUAGCUAGCUAAAAAUGAAUGCAAGAGUUUGGGAAAAAGAUUAAUAAGUACACAAAAUGUUCGACUAGCAGCAAAUUUAAAGUAAACAGCAGAAAUCACUAGAGACACGUAAUAAAAGAGAAAUCCGCACUAUUACCUGGUGCAAUUGAAACCGAAUAUAAAUGUGUAAAUAUAGAGAAGGACAAAUGACAUCCAUUGUCGGUUCAUAGCACUGAAAUUAGUUUCGAUAACUACUAAGAAUUUUGUAAAUAAAUCGGAUUUCUUUCUAAAUCAACACUUUAUUUAAAGGCAAGUCAGGUAAUAAGUGAACGUCGAACUAUUUGGAUUACUUAUAUAUACGCCUAAUUGUAAUUAGUUUUAUAUGGAAAUAUUGUUUUUAUAUUUACAACUUAUAAACACUAGAUAAACUCUAAAUAGUACUGCAGCAUACUAUAGCUAACUAUAGCCGAAUAUAUCGCAAUUGUUGAAGCGUAACUAAAUAUAUAAGCUGUUAAGGGAAAGUUAUUAUUAAUAAGCCCACGAGUAAAUGAAACAGUAACCAAUAUCAUACGCCUAGAGACCCAAGCAAAACUAAACGCUAUCGCAGCUCAAAAAAUCGCAUAGCUCAGCAAGGAUUUAACAAAUUUGCGAUGGAUUGUACAAAAAUUGGAACAAGUUGGAAUAAAUAUUUAAUAAAUACCAAUAAA